CCAAGUGCGCACAGCCGCGCUCCAGGCAGGCCGUUCAUCAUCAAUCAUGGCCGCCGGAGUACAGACCUAACUCCCGUCUUUCCUCCGGAGGGGAGGAUUACUCUCAUUUGGUCUCGUUUCGGGGGGCGGCGGCGGGAGGAAAGAGAAAUAAAUCGGACUGGUGCCACAUUUGAGAGGAGACAAGAUCCAUGUGCUAACACUCCGCCAUGCAGCCGCCGCCGAGGAAGGUCAAAGUGACACAGGAGCUGAAGAACACGCACACAGACCAGCUGACAAGACUGCACUUUAAAAAUCUGACUGAAUGUGACCUGCUGGAAGACAUGAGGAGUUACAGUCUGAAGAAGGGACAACUGGAGAGGGACUAUGCCCAGGCUCUGCAGAAGCUGGCCAGCCAAUAUUUAAAGAGAGAUUGGCCCGGAAUCAAUCAAGACGACCAGAGAACAGACUACAGGAACGUUUACGCGGUGUGGCGGUCCUACUUGGAGGGUACGGUGCAGGUGAGCCAGUCUCGACUCAACGUGUGCGACAACUACAAGAGUCAAGUUUCGGACCCUGCCAAGACCGUCCGACUCUACAAGGAGCAGCAGCUGAAAAAGAUCAUAGAGCAGUUGAGCGGCAUCCAGGCGGAGCUGCAGGAGUCGGUGAAGGAAUUAGCCAAAGCCAAGAAGAAAUACUACGACACUGAGCAGGUUGCCCAUGCGGUACGAGAGAAGGCCGACAUAGAAGCCAAGUCCAAGCUGGGUCUUUUUCAGUCAAGAAUUAGCUUGCAGAAAGCCAGUGUGAAGUUGAAAGCAAAGAGAAACGACUGCAACUCCAAGGCAACGCAGGCCAGGAACGACUACUUGUUGACGCUCGCCGCUGCCAACGCUCACCAUGACCGCUUCUACCACACCGACCUGCUCCACUGCAUACAGGCCCUGGACGGCAGGAUCUACGAGCAUGUAAAAGACUACCUUAUAGCGCUGUGUCGCACGGAGCUGGAGGCCUCCCAGGCGACACACAACACCUUUCAGUUCCUGUUGGACAAAUCCACCAGGAUAAUCCAAGAGUACAACCAGCAGUUGUUCAUGCAGGAGAACCCAGUGUUCCACAAAGCACACGACUUCCAGUUCCAGCCCAGCGAUUGUGACAAGACUCUGAGCUCGGUGCAGCAGUUGGUGGACAUUGAGCCUUCGCCCGUCAGUGCCAUGAGAAUGACGCUGGCACAGAGUCGUCAGCUGGAGUCAGAGAUGGGGACCACAGAGGAGCACAGUCUGAACAAGGAGGCGAGGAAGUGGGCAACACGGGUGGCCAGAGAACACAAGAACAUCGUACACUAUAAGCGAUCACUGGAGGACUGCGAGAGCCACGGCCUGCCACCCACUGAGCAAGGCAGAGCAGAUCUGGAGACCAAGAUGGAGGAAUCCAAGGAAAACAUCCGCAAAGCUGAGACCGUGAAGUUGAAAGCGGAAGCUCGGCUGGACCUCCUGCGGCAGGUGGGCGUUGCCGUGGACACCUGGCUGAAGAGUGCCAUGAACCAGGUGAUGGAGGAGCUGGAGAACGAGCGCUGGGCGAGCUACACUUCCCAUGAUCCUUCACUGUCGGGUACGGUGGACUUGGAGCGGGAGGACGGCGAGGAGUGUGAGGAGAACAUGGAGGUGUUUGAUGACAGCAGCUCCAGCCCCUCGGGAACACUUCGUAACUACCCGCUAACCUGCAAAGUUAUCUACUCCUACAAGGCCUCUCAACCAGAUGAGCUAACUAUUGAUGAACAGGAGAUGCUGGAGGUGAUUGAGGAUGGGGACAUGGAGGACUGGGUCAAGGCUCGCAAUAAGGUCGGACACGUGGGUUAUGUUCCCGAGAAAUAUCUGCAGUUUCCCGCCUCCAACAGUUUGCUGAGUAUGCUUCAGUCCCUGGCAACGCUGGACGCUCGCUCGCACACUUCUUCCAAUUCCACAGAGCCAGAGUUGCACUCCGGCUGCAUCAACGGAGAUGUUAACACGGUGUACGUGCGGGCGCUGUACGAUUACGAGGGCCAGGCGGAGGAGGAGCUGACAUUCGCGGAGGGAGCGGUGAUUCGCCUUCUGAGCCGAGACACGCAGACCGACGACGGCUUCUGGGAGGGGGAGCUUAACGGACGGGUGGGCGUUUUCCCCUCGGUUUUGGUGGAGGAUCUGACGGAGAACGGAGAGACGAGUGUGGGAGGGCCCAACGGAAUACAGGUGUCGCCCUCCACAAAGCUGCCAUCCUGCCUUCCGCCUCUCCCGCUGUACGACCAGCCUCCCAUCAGCCCUUUCACCAGCCCCGAGACCACCACGCCUCCGUCUCUGCCGCGGUCGCCCUCCGCCGCGCUCAACGGCGAGCACAAGCUCCCCAUCCCCGCCGCGUCACACCGGACACCGCUAACCACGCCGAAUCUAAGUUCCGGAAGGAGCCCGGUGUCGCCCGGCUUUCAGCUGCAGCCGCCCAGAUGUGCCCCUGAGGGAGGCCCGGGGAAACUACGACCUGUGCGUGCGGCUCCUCCUCCACCCAAGCAGCAGUCUCGACGGCAGCACGGCAAGAGCGACAAGGCGGAGGAGGUGGAGAUCACGCUGGUGUAACGGACGCGGGACGACAGGCGGUCGGACCCACACCCGAAACAUCACCCAGAACUGAAC